AUGGAUGUAAAUGUUGAACUCCAAAAUUUCAUCCGGGUAUGGUUUGCAGCUAUUGGAGCAUUAUGCUAUUGUUACUACUGCGUAACCCGCAUUCCUAGCGGCAUCCUUAGGCUUCUCUUUGUUCUUCCUAUUGUCUAUUUCUUCCUUAUCCUCCCUCUUGACCUCUCUUCCUUCCAUCUUGGUGCCCCCACAAUUUUCUACCUCGCUUGGCUCGCCAAUUUCAAGCUGCUCCUCUUUUGUUUCGAUCGAGGACCUUUAUCCUCUUACUCUUCUUUGCCUCUUCUUCAUUUCCUCUCCAUUGCUCUUCUCCCUGUCAAACCCAAAUACGUUAUCAGCGACGGAUUCAAAAAUUUAACUCAGUCCGUGCAGAGCACCGAAAGAGUAUCUGGUUUGUUUUGGGGGAAAAUAAUCAUUUUGGCAGCUAUAAUUAGAGCAUACAAUUACAGAGAACUUUUUCAUUCAAAUGUAAUUUUGGUUCUUUAUUGCUUACAUAUUUAUUUAGCAGUUGAGUUGGUUCUUGGAAUCACAGUUGUCCCAGUACGAGCUCUUUUAGGGCUAGAAAUUGAGCCCCAGUUCAACGACCCGUACCUUGCCACCUCACUUCAAGACUUUUGGGGCCGUAGAUGGAACUUAAUGGUGCCGGGGAUUUUACGCCCGGCGGUGUAUUUCCCUGUUAGGGCUAUUUCAAUUUGUUCUUUAGGAAAGGAAUUGGCUAAUUUGCCAGCAAUUUUGGCUACAUUUUUAGUAUCUGGGCUAAUGCAUGAAUUGAUCUAUUAUUACCUCUCGCGCGCGAGACCCACAUGGGAAGUGACUUGGUUCUUCGUCUUGCAAGGGAUUUGUGUGUGUAUUGAAGUUACUGCGAAGAAAUUUUUUCAUGGCGGCUGGCAGAUGAACAGAGUGGUUUCCGGCGUCCUCACAUUGGCGUUUGUGGCUUGGACUGGCGAUUGGCUCUUUUUCCCACAGAUUAUUAGGAAUGAGUUAGAUCAGAAAGCCAUUAAUGAGUACUACGUUAUGGUAGAUUUGGUCAAAUAUAGGUUGCUGCCACUUUUGGGAAUUUAG